GUUGAAAAGAAAAGUAAACAGUUUUUAGCACAGCUGAAGAAGGCAGACAAGGAGUACACAGAAGCCAGUUACAAGGCAGAGUCCUCUCGCCAAGACUGGGACGUAACCGUUGCAAGAGCUAGUAUGUCUAUGCAGUCUCUGGAAGAGGAGAGGUUGAAAACAAUGAAAGAUUUUCUCAACAAAUAUAACAGCCAUAUAUCUGUUUUAUCACCAAAGCUCACUCAGUAUUUUGAUCAUCUCAAUGAGGCUGUUAUCAUAGUUGACCUCCAACAAGACCUGAAAAUUAUUGUACAGCAAAAAGGUAUCAAGGGACCACGGCAACCAGAACAGAUCCUCAUAGAAACUUAUGCUGAAGAUCCUCAAGUGACAAUAGACAAUGAAAGGAGGAAAGAUAUACUAAAAAACUACCUAAUUCAUAUACACCAGUACAUUGAGAAGGAACGGAAGGGAAGGGAAGGUGUGGAAAAACUGGUGGAAGUCUACAAAAACAAGCCAAGUUUUGCAGAUGCUGAUGCUCAAGAAGAAACCAGACAAAAGUUGGAACAGGCAACCUUGAUGCUCAACUUUCUGGAAGCUAGUCACUAUAAAAUCAACAGCAGCCUGUGUAAAGCUGAAGGCAAAACGCAACCACCUAGUGUGUUUUCCCAGUACAUCGAAACAGUCAGGGACAAGCAGGGUCUUCUAGUUAGCACCAUGCGUCUGCCUUUGAACCUGGCCUUGGAAGGUUGUAGUGAUUAUUUACCAAGUCAUCCACCUAAUGAUUACUACCAGGAAGUCACGUCUCCAGAAGAUGAAUUCAUUGAUGAAGAAUUCCCAUCUCCGGCUGUGAUUGGUCAUUGCAAAGCUUUGUACGACUACAAGGCCAGUCAGACAGAUGAGUUGUCCAUUAAAGCAGGUGAUGUCAUCAAUGUCUAUGAGAAGCUGGGUGAUGGCUGGUGGGAAGGAGAACUCCGGGGUGUCCGUGGCAUCUUCCCUUCAACCUAUGUUCAAGAAUGUUGA